AUUUUCUGCAUUGACUUUAUUCGUUACCAGCACCACCAGAGAGAUGAUGAUUUUUUUCAUGAACUUCCAGAAACUUUUCCAUCUGAUCCUCCAGAGCCAUUGCCCCACUUCCUCAUCGAACCCGAGGAGGCUUACAUUGUGAAGAACAAGCCCGUGAAUCUGUACUGCAAAGCGAGCCCAGCCACGCAGAUCUAUUUUAAGUGCAACAGUGAAUGGGUUCAUCAGAAGGACCAUGUGGUGGAUGAGAGAGUAGAUGAAACCUCUGGUCUGAUUGUCCGAGAGGUAAGCAUUGAGAUUUCCCGCCAGCAAGUUGAGGAGCUAUUUGGGCCCGAAGAUUACUGGUGCCAGUGCGUUGCCUGGAGUUCAGCCGGCACCACCAAGAGCCGAAAAGCCUACGUCCGCAUUGCAUAUCUACGGAAAACUUUUGAGCAGGAGCCCUUGGGGAAAGAAGUGUCCCUGGAGCAAGAAGUCCUGCUUCAGUGCCGUCCCCCCGAAGGCAUCCCAGUAGCUGAGGUGGAGUGGCUGAAAAACGAAGAGGUGAUUGACCCUGUGGAAGACCGAAAUUUUUACAUCACCAUCGAUCACAACUUGAUCAUCAAGCAAGCCCGGCUUUCUGACACAGCCAAUUACACCUGUGUCGCCAAAAACAUUGUGGCCAAAAGGAAAAGCACCACGGCCACUGUGAUUGUCUAUGUGAAUGGAGGCUGGUCUACCUGGACGGAGUGGUCAGUGUGUAACAGCCGAUGUGGGAGAGGCUUCCAGAAGCGUACGAGGACCUGCACCAAUCCUGCCCCACUCAAUGGUGGUGCCUUCUGCGAGGGCCAGAGUGUUCAGAAAAUAGCUUGCACCACUCUGUGUCCAGUGGACGGCAAGUGGACAUCCUGGAGCAAGUGGUCCACCUGUGGCACGGAGUGCACCCACUGGCGUCGGAGGGAGUGCACGGCCCCGGCGCCGAAGAACGGGGGGAAAGACUGCGAGGGGCUAGUGCUGCAGUCCAAGAAUUGCACCGACGGGCUCUGCAUGCAGGCUGCUCCUGACUCCGAUGAUGUUGCCCUCUACGUCGGGAUUGUCAUAGCCGUGAUCGUGUGCCUGGCUAUUUCCGUGGCUGUGGCCCUGUUUGUUUACCGCAAGAACCACCGUGACUUUGAGUCAGAUAUUAUUGACUCCUCGGCGCUAAAUGGGGGAUUUCAGCCUGUUAACAUCAAGGCUGCAAGGCAAGACCUGCUGGCAGUGCCACCAGACCUCACUUCGGCUGCAGCCAUGUACAGGGGUCCUGUUUACGCCUUGCAUGACGUCUCUGAUAAAAUCCCAAUGACCAAUUCUCCGAUCCUGGACCCGCUGCCCAACCUGAAAAUCAAGGUUUAUAACACCUCUGGUGCUGUCACUCCCCAGGAUGACCUCUCUGACUUCUCCUCCAAGCUGUCCCCACAGAUUACACAGUCUCUGCUGGAGAAUGAGACCCUGAACAUGAAAAACCAGAGCCUUGCUCGGCAAACAGACCCAUCAUGCACUGCAUUUGGGACCUUCAACUCUUUAGGAGGUCACCUAGUAAUUCCCAAUUCAGGAGUAAGCUUGCUGAUCCCAGCAGGUGCCGUUCCACAAGGAAGAGUCUAUGAAAUGUAUGUGACAGUUCACAGGAAGGAGAACAUGAGGUAA